CCCAGGCUCGCAACUAAAGGUGCAUUUAUAUUUCCUACCUCUGGUGCCUCCUCACAACAAGCGUUGCUGCGUUUCUUUUCCUGCAGCAGGUAAUGCCACCACCUACUCAGCUCGUGCACCGUUUCCCAGUCCCGGGUGUGUGUGUGUUGGGGAGAAGUGGUACAGAAGACCGUUCCUGCAGUAAUCCUGCCCCCCACCACCAACCCCCCCAUUCCCAAGGUCUCCCAGUCAGGGCCGUGUCUACCUCGAAGCAGUCUGCGGGCGGAAGUCUGUGCGCGGGUGCAUUGUGGAACCGAGUCCCAGAUUGGAAGAGUAGCAGAAGGAGGGAGGGAAGAGAAUAAAAUAAUAUGGCAAUUCAGCAGCUGCGGAACGAGAGGAGGUCGGCGACAGCAGAUGUGGCAAUGCGAGGAGGAUGUCAGGGCAAGCAAUAAGCGGAGGAACAAGGGCGAGGGAGCAAGCGAAUAAAAACAAAAAAAAGCAGGGGGGGGGGGUGAACAAAUCCACGUUGUGGUGGGGGUAGCGUGCAGUAAAUCGCAGCAGGAAUAAUUGGUGGAGAGCGAGCCUCGGGCGGGAGGACAGACUGAGGGUGCGCGGCGGCAGGAGCUGACAGCUGCACUCACCGUGUCAACACUGAGCAGAGAGACUCCACAGGCAGUUCUCCCCAGCCCUGUGGGUGGAAAACCAAAAUAAACAGCUCCUGUCUAUAAACAUACCAUAUUCUUCUGGAAAUGAGUGAACAGAGCAUCUGCCAAGCACGGGCCUCAGUUAUGGUCUAUGAUGAUUCAAGCAAAAAGUGGGUCCCAGCCAAACCUGGACAACAAGGGUUCAGUAGAGUCAACAUCUAUCACAACACCUCUAACAAUACCUUCCGAGUAGUUGGAAUGAAACUACAGGAUCAACAAGUAGUCAUAAACUACUCCAUCGUGAAAGGACUGAAGUACAAUCAGGCUACACCUACGUUCCACCAAUGGCGAGAUGCUCGGCAGGUCUACGGGUUAAAUUUUGCAAGCAAGGAAGAAGCCACGACCUUUUCCAAUGCAAUGGUGUAUGCUUUAAGUGUACUGAAUUCCCAAGAUGGAGGUCCUACAGUGCAGCGCCAAGUCCCAGUUCAGAAUGGGCCACCCCCUGAAGAUCAGGAAGCACAGAGAAGGCAACUGAUGGAGCAACGCCACGAACAAAUGGAAAGAGAACGACGAGCUUCCAUGUCUGUUUCUACCCUUCAGAUCAAAGUUGCUCCUUCCCCUUCACAUAGCCAAUCUCCUCCACCUGAGUACAGUAACAACAACAUGAUUGUAUCUUCGUGUACUGCCCCUCCUCCAUCUUAUGCCAAAGCUCCAUCCUUCAAUUCCACAGUUUCUCCUAAAGUAAUAUUUGCUGAUGAUCCUUGCCAGCUAAUAUUGAGCAAUGCAUAUUCUGAACCUCCAUCUCUUCGAACCUCGGUGCCACAAUUAUCAACUUCCAUAAGUUCUGCAUUUUCUCCUGUGCAGCCAAAUCUUGGAACCAGGUGUCAGCAUGUCAGCAUGAACCCAUUAUCACCUUCUCCUUCUCCCUUCCAUCCUCCCCCAUUGCUUCCUAAGUCUGUAUCUGAUUCAUCUGCUACAUCUUCUCCUCUACCUCCAUCUCCUCCCGUGAUGAUCACCUCUCCUCCCCACAGGGCUAUUGAACGACAGCCUGUAAUUCCAGUUGCUUUCCCUGUUAUUCAUGUGCACGAUGGCAAGGUUAAAAGACUUAUGGAUUCAGUGGUCCAGGUAGCUCCAUCUACCACAAACCAGAAUGAUCAGGAUGAAGAUCAUUUUCUAACUGCAACUCACCUGACUUUUAAGUCUCCAGUAAAAAGUACAGAGGGCUCUUUCACAUUUAGUUUAGCAUCUACUCCUGUAUCUCAGGCGUCAGUGUUAAGUAGUCCUUCCAAUUCCCAAAUCCACCCUCAGUUGUCACCUUCAUCGGCACUCCCUGCACAGCAACUCAACAAAACCAUCUCACACUAUGUUACAUCUCCUCCAUUUUAUGCUGCUUGUUCUGAGGCAGCGAUGUCCAAGAAGACCCCAUCUCCCAUGACAUCAGUUACUUCAACUACCAUUACCCAGUCGGUUCCUUCCAUAACUCCUGGUGGACCCCCAACCCAAACUACGUGCCCCCCGCCACCUCCUGCUGGUGGUCCCCCACCACCUCCACCGCCACCAGGGCCUCCACCAGCGUCUGGAGGUGGGCCACCUCCUCCCCCUCCAUUGCCAGCUUGUGGAAGCCCAGGAGCUAGAGGUGAUGAUGGACCUUCAGCUUCAGGUCUGGCAGCAGCACUUGCUGGAGCCAAACUGAGGAAAACCAGUCGGCCUGAAGAUGGUUCAGGAAGCUCCAGUCCUGGGGGAAUGUCAAAGAGUGAGACCAAUCGGAACAGCUGUGGAGCAGCAGCAACAGGGGGAGGAGGAGGAUUGAUGGAUGAAAUGAAUAAACUGCUCGCAAAACGGAGGAAAGCUGCCCAACAAACAGAUAAAGCAAGUGACAAAAAAGAGGAGGAAAGCCAGAAUGAGGAUGCAAGCUCUUCACCUUCACCCAGUUCACGAGGUUCUGGUGUGCAGAAUUCAACAGAUACUGGUAAAAAGCCAUGGGAAAGGGCCAACUCCACUGAAAAGACAGGAACUCUGUCAAGAAAUGCAUUUAUGACGAAGAGUCCUGAAGCUAAGAAUGUUGUGCAGUCUCAUCUUUCAUCUUCUAGGCUGAAACCAGGAAGUAGCGCCAGUAAUGACGUGGUCACGGAUGCCUUAGAUUUUGAUCGAUUGAAGCAGGAAAUACUGGAGGAAGUCGUAAAGGAACUGCACAAGGUGAAGGAAGAGAUUAUUGAUGCCAUUAGAGAAGAACUGAGCAGAAUCAGUACAACGUAAUGCAUUUUGCACUCUGGAACAUGGGAUGUUCGGAAAGGAAUCGGGGAAGUUGAGACAGCUGUGUGGGGUAUUGUGUGGAAGAUGACUAUGAGAGAAGCUAUGCACUGAAUGUCACGGUCGCUUUUAAACCCUUCGUUGAUUAGUGGACUCAAUAUGCUCUGCUGCUUACUGCCUUGGAUCUGCUUCACAUGAAAAGUCUUAAUUCUCCAAAACAACAAAAAAAACUUUCAAUACUUGUGGAUCUUAUUUUCUAGGUUUUUCAAAAAAACAUUGCACAUCUGUUUUAUGUUAGCCUUUGUAAUUUUUUAUUAGCUUAUUUAAAGGUUUACAUUAUUUCUAGAUUCUGUUUUUAGAGAAGAGCUUCAACACAGACACACACAACACAUUUUGCUUUUAGUAGAUGAAUAAGUUGUUCUUUCUACCUUAAGAUGUUACCACAGUAUUUUUGACUCUGUUUUGAAAAUUGUUGCCAACAAAGAGAUCCUUGUAGCAUCAGUGAAAAGGCAGAAACUUGUAAAAGUUGUGAUAUGACAAUGGUAACUGAUUUCUUAACAAAUCUUUCAAACGUUAUUAAAACAAAGUACAUCAAUGCAAAUUGUCUAUGUUCAUGGUAGAAUGCAGGUGAUAUAAGAAUAUUCAAAUUAAUUAUAGUUAGUAGAAAUGUUCCAUGUACCAAUCUCCAUGAUCUAUAGAGAUGUCUCAUUGACUUCGGAAUGCUCAAAAGUAUUUCCAGGUAAAUAGCAUCUCACAAACUAUUCACUAGAAUUAGAUUAACCAAAUUCUUAAUGGAGCUAGAACUGUUAAAUGUCUCCCUUAUUCCACAGAGUUUGCUGUCAACUUGGUCCUAUGCCAUAAAAAAAAACUUAAGUGCAACUGUGUAUGUAUGUAUGUGCCGAAUUUAAUUGGACAGCUUCGUGUUGAUUGCCAACAAUUAUGUUAUUCUGGGGACUGUUUCAGCAUUAAUUGAAUGCUGAGCAUUUUCAUAUGGAUAGGAAGAUCUGUGUUAAGCCCCAAAGUUUAUAAAAUAGACAUCUGUGUUGUUUCAAAUAUGGUAAAUUAAGUUACUGAAGUGGGAAGGUUCAGCUGCACUUUAAAUUGUACACACCAGAUGGCACACUGUAAUGCAACUGAUGCAAGUUCAAGAUCUACUGGAUUUUGAACAAAUUCGUUAUAUCUGCAAAACAUGUUCAAAAUCCAAAGUACCAUCUUUAAAACUGAUCAUAUUUCAGCUCAUAAUUGAACCUGUUUAAUGUCAUUUUUCUAGAUUACUGUGUUUUAAUAAUCCCUCACUAUUAUAAAUUAAACAUUCAAAACAA